UUUACAAAAUGGUGGCUUCUCCUAUAUUUCUUGCGCGGAGAAAUUCGUUGUAGCAGCGAUUACGAACAAAAACCACGCAUUUUAGCCCAAAACUAAUUAAAAUUAUAGUGCUAAAACACUCACAGCAACGGUGGCUGUCCCGUGUGGCUGGAAUACGCGUGUGAAAGUCAAUGCGGAGAGUGCACAAAGCAAGUGAAAAUUGUAUUUCCAUCGUUCGAGUAGCAAAAGCAGCAGCAGCAGCACAGAGCAAUAAAAAACGCAAGCAAGCAUAGUGCGUGUGUGUGUGUUCGUGUUUGUGUACGUGUGUGUGUAUGUGCAUGUCGAUUAUGUGAGUGUGUGUGUGUGUGCGCAAAGUGUAUGCAAAAAAGAAGAAGAAAAACAGAAGAGCAUUACAAAAAGUAGAAGGAAAAAAAACAGCGUAUUGUUGGUCGUCUGACGACGAGUUUCACGCGCCCAACAGCACCAACAAAAGCAAAGCAACAAAGAUAGAAAGAGAUAGAGAGAGGAGAGUGAAAUAGAGAGACAGGCAAAACGAGCGAGAAAACCUGUGUUUUGUGCAAAUUAACCAAAAUAUACAUUUCCGGCCGCCCGCGCCCCCUCGCUGAGCAUCCAACAACCGCUGUCCCACACCCUCAUCCUCUGCAAUAUCGUACCCUCUGUGGAGAGAGAGAGAGAGAGCGACGAGACCGUGGGCCGCCUGCUGCUGGAGCCGCUGACGCUGGGAGGAACGCCGCCUGGAAAGGGGCUCAUCGGGCACAUUUACCCUGGAUUCAUGUUGAAUUUUCAUAUCGUAGAGGGCAUAAAAAGGCUUAACACUGGACCGGAAGCGUGUUUUUAAAGGGUGAUGGCGGCCUCCACUCAAGGAGAAAUUCGAGUGGGUCCCGGCCACCAGGUAAACGAUGUCUAUGCAAAACUGCCCGAUUAUAAUCCAAUCUCAAGCUUCCCCAUCGACAAGGAAACCGAUGAACGUGAACUAGAGGAAUCAAGAUGGAGUCCAGGCGUUGUGGCCGAUGGCGAUUUGUUAAUGUUCUUGCGUGCUGCCCGCUCGAUGGCCGCAUUUCAAGGAAUGUGUGAUGGCGGACUAGAAGACGGUUGUUUGGCUGCCAGUCGCGACGACACAACAAUUAACGCACUCGACGUGCUACACGAUUCUGGUUACGAUCCAGGCAAAGCUCUACAAGCACUAGUUAAGUGCCCCGUUUCGAAGGGCAUCGACAAGAAGUGGACCGAGGACGAAACGAAAAAGUUCAUCAAGGGUCUGCGACAAUUUGGCAAGAAUUUCUUUCGCAUCCACAAGGAUCUGUUGCCGCACAAGGACACACCCGAACUGGUCGAAUUCUAUUAUCUGUGGAAGAAGACGCCCGGCGCCAACAACAAUCGUCCACAUCGGCGACGCAGACAGAGCGCUUUGCGACGCAAUCGUGUCACGCGAGCAAAUAAUAAUACACCUCCCAAGAAGGAGGACACACCGGAACCACAAACUGCGACGACGGCGGCGACGGCGACGGGGUCGGCGUCAGAGACGGCGAGUCGAUCAUCGCCCGCUGUCUCCAAGGAGGAGAACAGCUCUCUCACCGAGGACGACGCCAGCGAGUGUGACAGUGAUUCGAGUCUGACCAACAAAAGGGAUGAAUCACCCUCUAGGAUGAGGACGCGCAAUAAACAACAGAACAACAACACCAACAACAACAACAACAAUACCAACAGCAGCAGCAGCAACAACACCAACAGCAGCAGCAGCAGCAGCACGGCCAGCAAUAGCGGCAGCGGCGGUGGCAGUGGCAGUGGCAUUGGUGCAUCAUCCGUCGGUGGCAGCUCUGCAUUAGGCGGCGUCGGUGCAGGCGUCACUGCAGGUGCCGCGGCCACCAACAGCUCCACAAAGGAUCAGUCGAACACCAACAACGCUGUGGCGAAUGGCAAGCGGCCGAAGCGAGGCUCCGAGACGCCCGAUGCAGCGGCCGGCGGUGGAGCCUCCUCGGUGGACAGUCCCAAGACACCCACCAAGGCAGUGGCCGAGAGUUCGGCCACCAAGCGCAAGGGCGGCAAACAGGACACGCCCAACAAGAAGAAGCGCACCGAACAGGAGCAGGCGAACGAUCAGCAGGCGGCCAGCGCUGGCACGGGCGCGGCAGCAGCGGAGGAGAACAGCAGCAGCAGCCUCAAGGAGAAGCGAAAGCAGCAACAGCAGCAGCAGCAACGGGCCGACAGCCCCGUGGAGAGCAUGAACUCGGACAGCAGGCCGGACUCUGCGCUGGAUGAUGGCGAAUCAAAUACGACGGACACGACCACCGCCGAACAGCAGUCCAACAAGGACAGCAAGGAGCUGCUGCUCAGCUGCAAGGAGGAGCGUGAGCUGACCGCCAACGAUGGUGGACUGGAGCCCAAAACGGAGGAGAAAUCCAUCAAGGCGGAGCUUGCCUCGGAGGAUGGCAGCAAGGAGGCGAUUUCCAUCAAGAACAUGGACGAGGAGACGAACAUCCAGGCGCCCAACAGCGUGGAUGGGCUGCUGCUUAAGGAGUCUGCUGUCAGCACAAUCCCACAGGAUGGCGGUGUGCUGCCGGUGAAUCCUGUGGCCGCGCCUCUAACCAUGAAGGUGCCCACCAUUGCCACCGUGGAGGCGCUGAACGCGUCCGUGGAGCGCAAGGAGGCCAUCGAGAAGAUGGAGACCUGCGACAGCGAUCCCGAGCUGCUCAAGAAGCUGGCUACCAUCAAGCAGGAGGUGACGCCACAGCAGCAGCAGCAGCAGACGCCGCAGCAGCAGCUGAAUCCGAUAUCCAUACAGCAGCCACCUGUGUGUGCGCCCACGGAGACGGUGUACAUUAAGAAGGAGCCGAUGGACGAUUCGAUGGAUGCCACGUGCAAUCAGAACAGCAACGAGCCGCAGGAUCUCAAGGUGAAGAUUGAGAUCAAGAACGAGGAUUCGCUGAAGCACAAUACGGGUGGCAUGCCGCCCACGUUGCCUGGGGCGCCCACUGCCCAAAUGCAUUCCCAUUCGAUGGCCGGCGGCGACAGUGGGCAGCCGCCACUGGGCGAGCCGCUACAUCUGUCGCAUCUGCCGCAUGGCCAGCAGCCGCUGCAGCCACCACCCGCCAGCUAUCUGAUCGACGGACAACUAAAGUACGGACCCCCAGGAGGACAACAGCAGCAGCAGCAGCAACAACAGCAGCAGCCGCCACAGCCGCCGCAGCUGCACAGCGAUCCGGCUGGUGCGGGUGGCAAUGCUCCUGGCGGACCCAACACGCCGCAAAAGUAUGCGCCCGAAAUGGAGAUGAAAUUCACGCCGCAGGAUCUCAAGUAUCCGCCGCCACCGCCGCUGGACGCACUCAAGUACAGCCAGGAGAUGCAAGCGGUGGCCGCUGCGGCAGCUGCUGCCGCUGCCGCCGCCGCUGCUGCUGGCAAGUACGACAUGAAGUACAUGAUCGAGCAGCCGGGCAAGUAUCCGGUGGAGCUGUCCGCUGCCCAUCAGCCGCCAUCGAAGCAGGGCUAUCAGGAUUCGCUGAAGAUACCCGAUGUCAAGUCGGGCUUUGGCCAUCUACCGCACAACAUGGCCUCGCAGCUGGAUGUGGCACACAAGUAUGGACCACCGCCCACGUCCCAGGAGCAACAGCAGCAACAACAGUCGCAGCAGCAGCCUGCGCAUCAGGUGCCACCGGGUGCGACGCCACCGCCGGGCAUUGCCAUGCCCAAGCCGCACUAUCAGCACGAUGUGCAGACCCCGCCAUUGGGUCGGCCCUUCGAGCCGGGCAUGAUGCACAAAUACGGAGAUCCGUUGGUGGGCAAAUACGGUCCACCCCAGCCACAGGAUCUGAAGUAUCCAAUGCCACCCGUGGUCUCCGCUGCCGGUCCCCCCGUGGACGUGAAGCCCUACGGCGAGAAUCUGAUAAAGUCCUCGCCGUACGGGCCGCCGCCGGAGAGCCCCAUCGAUGCCUCGUCACGCUCGACGCCGGGCCAGGACAGUCAGGGCAGCAACAGCAAUUCGCAGCCCUCCUCGAUGGCACCACAGCCGCAGCAGUUCCAGUCGCCGCAUCCCUCGCCUCACAUGCCUUCACCCGCAGGCGGCGGCCUGCCGCCCGGUAUGCAUCCCCAAAAUCUCAUCCACGGCCUGCCGCCGGGUGCGGCCGCUGGUGGCCCACAGCCACCGCCACCGCCCUCGUCCCUGCACCAGCAGCAAUCGUCGAGUGGUCCGCCGGGCAUGCAUCCGGGCCUGCAUCCGGGUCAGCACUCACAGAUGUCGGUGGCCUCCUCGAUGCCACCCAGCUCGAUCGGUAUACCGCCGACGCUGUCAACGAUGGCGCCCUCGCACAUGCAUCCCCACAUGCACCCGCAUCAUCUGCAGCAGGUGCUGCAUCGGCCGCACGACAUGCCACCGAGCAUGCAUCCGCACGCGCCCAUGCCCAUGUCCCUGCAGGGACAUCCGCAGCACGGCCACGGACUGCCGCCCCAACAGCAGCAGCAGCAACAGCAGCAGCAGCAGCCCGGUGGUCCGGCGGGCACUGUGCGCACUCCCUCGCCAGCCCAGCAUCCGCCACGCAGCAUGCACGAUCCGCAGUCGCGGGAGCAGCCGCCCACAUCGCAGCCAUCGACCACGAUGGCUGGCUCUGGAGGUCACGGCAAUCCGCACCAAUCCCCGCACACGCAUCGCACCUCACCGCUGCCCGGACUGGCGGGGAAUGGACAUCCGCCGCCGGGUCUGCUUGGCCAUCCGAUGCCCAUACAUCCGCAUCUGGCGCAUCUGCCGCCGGGUCAUCCGGCUCACGCGGCACUCGCCCAUCCCGGACACCAUUUGCUGUCGCAUUCGAUAGCGGGACUGGGGCCUGGCGGUGGACCCAUCGCACUGCUCGCGGGUCCCGGUGGACUGGGCCUGCCCGAGUCCGCACUCAGUCGUCGCACCCCGCCCAGCCAUAUGCCCCACUCGCACGUCUCAUCCGCACCGAACACGCCCCAUUCGGUGGCCUCGAUGACCUCCAGCAGCAUGGCCCUCACCACCAGCACGGUGCCGUCGUCGGCCUUCAGUCGUGCCAGUCCCAGCGUACAGAUCUCGAGUGGCGGAGCUGGAUCAGCCGGACCUGGCGGCAGCGGCAGCAACAGCACGCCUGGCGGCAACAACUCCUCGGCAGCGGCGGCAGCAGCAGCAGCAGCGGCUGCCCAUCGAGCUGCCUCCCCAGCCAGCAGUGUGAGCAGCCUGAGUCGCCAGAGUCCACUGCAUCCGGUGCCACAAUCGCCGCUCAGCCAUCAUCCCUCAUCGUCUGCCCUGUCGGCGGCAGCGGCGGCCGUGGCCGAGCGGGAUCGCCAUGCGCUGCUGCGUCAGCAGUCGCCGCACAUGACACCGCCACCAGUGUCGAAUGCCUCGGGACUGAUGGCCAGUCCGCUGAGCAAGAUGUAUGCCCCGCAGCCGGGCCAAAGGGGGCUGGGAACAUCACCGCCGCCGCAUCUGCGACCGGGUGCCUCGCCGCCUGUCAUCAGGCAUCCACAGAUGCCGCUGCCAUUGCCGCUGAUUGCGCCGGGCGGCGGCAUUCCACAGAUCGGAGUGCAUCCCGGGCAGUCGCCGUAUCCGCAUCCGCUGCUGCAUCCGUCGGUGUUCUAUUCGCCGCAUCAUCAUCCCUUCAACUCGCCCUACGGCUAUGCGCCGUACGGGCCUGGUUUCCCGGCCUACAUGAAGCCACCACCACCGUCGGGGCCGUUGGAUCCUGCCGCUGUAAUGGCCGCCCAUCAUGCCGGACUCCAGGGUCCGCCGCAGCAGCAGCAGCAGCGGCAGGAUGAGCAGAAUGCAGCAGCCGCUGCUGCGGCGAGAGAUGCAGCCGAGAAGCAGCACCACCAAGCGGCGGUCGCAGCGGCAGCCCAACAGCAGCAGCAGCAACAGCAGCAGCAACAACAGCAGCAGCAGCAGCAGCAACAGAUGAAGGGCCCGCCGCAGCAACAGCAGCAGCAGGGCGGUCAACCGCCCAACAAGCCGCCGACGCCAAAGACACCCCAGGGUCCGGGUGGACCGGGUGUGCCAGUCGGAAUGGGUGGCCCUGGAACGCCAACGGGCCUGCCGCCAGGUGCCUAUCCGGGCUCCCAUAUGCCCGGCUAUCCGCCUGGUCCGCCGCACGGCUCACCAUUUGCCCCGCAAGAUGGUCAGCCGCACGGCAUGAAGCCCACUUCCCACAUGGACGCGCUGCGAGCGCACGCACACUCGGCCAAUUCGGCGGGCAUGGGCGGUGGCCAUCAUCCAACGGAGCCAUUGCCCAUUGACAUUGAGCCGGAUCCGGAGCCAGAGAUACCCAGUCCCACCCACAAUAUACAACGUGGACCCAGUCCCGAGGCCAAGCCGGACGACACCGAAUGCCAUCGCUCGCAGUCUGCCAUAUUUGUGCGUCACAUUGAUCGCGGUGAUUACAAUUCCUGCACGAGAACGGAUUUGAUAUUCAAGCCAGUGGCCGAUUCGAAGCUAGCACGCAAGCGUGAGGAGCGUGAUCGCAAGCUGGCCGAGAAGGAGCGCGAAAGGCGGCAGCAGCAGCAACAACAGCAACAGCAGCAGCAACAACAGCAGGCAGCAGCUGCCCAACAGGCGGCACAGCAGGCCAAAAUGAAGGCGGAACUGAAGCCCCCGUAUGCGGAUACGCCAGCACUGCGACAGCUAUCCGAAUAUGCACGCCCACAUGUCGCCUUCAGUCCUGUUGAACAGAUGGUGCCAUAUCAUCAUCCAAUGGGCCCCAUGUACAGAGAGAGGGAACUGGAGGAGAUCAAGAACGCACAAGCCGCUGCGGCGAGUCAAUCCCGCAUCGAUCCGCACUGGAUGGAGUACUACAGACGCGGCAUACAUCCCUCACAGUUCCCACUCUAUGCGAAUCCAGCGAUAUCGCAAAUGGAGAGGGAACGUUUGGGUAUACCGCCACCGCAUCACGUAGGCCUUGAUCCGGGCGAGCACAUGGUGCGUAUGAUACGAUUGACGAGAGAAUAUCAUGCACACUCUCAUACUCAUUUACAUUUGCCUUUGCAUCCACAGCCGCAACCACCGGAGGCCGGUUUCCAACUGCCACCGAAUGUUGGACAAUAUCCACGCCCAAAUAUGCUUAUACCUAGGGAGCCGCAUUCGGAUGUACUGCUGAGGAUGUCGUAUGCCGAUCAAUUACAGUAUUUGCAGGCCGCCGAAUUCCAGCGACAAUCGCUGCACGAUCAAUACUUUAGACAACGGCCCAGAUAAGUGGACAGGCGGCAAUUGUAGAGACCAAGCAACUGAACAAAGAACAAACUCCGCCGUGAGGAAAUGCUUUGUGUGAUUUUUGUGUUCAAACGUUUUACAUUUUGUUUUACCCACAAAACACUCCAUCAAAUAUCAUCAACCAACAACAACAACAACAACAACAAUAGCAGUGAAUAGAGACAACGGUGUGGCACAUCCAGAAACGACACUAAGCGAACUUUAAGUUGCGCAAAGCCCCCUCAUGAUUUUAUGUAAAAAAAAUCAGCUGCGUUGAUGGGGAUCAUAGGACAAUGGUUCUUGAAAGACAACUACCAGCAUACACCACUUACUGACCAAGGCAUACAGAAUCAAAAAAAAACUACAAGCAAAACAACAACUAAACUAGACAAAAACAAAACAAAACAAAAACACGAUGGUCGCAAUAUUUUAAGUAUCCUCUUUAUAGUGUAUAGUGUUAAAUUCUAAAAACCUAAACCAACAAAAGAUGUUAAAUAUCGUUUAAGAUUACAAAACAAAACAAAAACCAACAAACUGAUAAGGGCAAUGGAACAAAACCAACCAACAAAAAAAAAAAAACUUCAACUUCAAACAACUUCUUCAAGCUACAAAGUAAGAAUGUGCAGCAGCAGGAGCUGAUCAGAUAACUAAGCAACAAAUGCAACAAAAAAAACACAUAAAAAUCAACCAAAAUACUUUGCUGCAGGAGGGGCAAGUUACAUAAACUAGUAUAGGAAAAAAAAAAGUGAAGGACUAAGCAAGGAAGAAGAGUUCACAGAAUGAUCGACGAAGUGUAUUGUACAAACGGGGUUCUCGGGACACAUGGAUUUUUCUUUUCAUCUCACAUUUGUGCACUCUACUUCCCAUGGGAUAAGUUUACUUCCAGCCACAAAAUGAACUAAUCUAAUGUCAAAUAUGAUUGCUGCUUAAUUUUUUGACUGCUUAGCUAAAGGCGAACGGAAUUGAGAGUUAUUUUCGAUUCCCGUUAGUCCCCUAGUGUGUUAUACUUGUGUUAGCCUAGAGCCAGCUUUUUGCUUACCCUCUCCCCACCCACCACUAACAGCUACUCAUUAAUUUAUUAUUUUGCUAUGACUAGAGAGAGUAUUAUAUAUAGGAAUGGGGCAAAAGAGUUUUUGUAAAAAGUGCAUAAAUAAAUAAUGGAAUAUUAAUUAUCGGGUAAUUAUACAAAUGUGAAUGAUUUGAUGCUGCACAGAAAAGAAUUAAUACAAGGGGAAAAGAUGAAUGUAUGGAUGCGAUGCAUUUUGAAGCAGUUGCAAAUUAUCGUGUGCUUAAUUUAUAUUAGUAAUUUAUACAAUUUACGAUACGCAAAACAAAAGAAUGCAUUACAUACAUAACAAAUUAUAUUUAAAAAAAAAGAAAA